UGUGUGUGUGUGUGGAGCGGGGACACCACGUUUUGGGGUCCCUCACGUUCCCUGCAGGGGCUGUGCUGGGCUGCAGGACCCCACAGACCCCAGAGGCACGAGGAGAAGGUGCUGUCCCAGGAAUGGGGGCAGGGAGGGGCUCUGGGGUGGCCCCCAGCAGAUGCUGGGCUCGGCAGCAGCUGCCUGAGAGCAGGCUCGGAGAGCAGGAAAUAACAAACCAAACCGCAGCGAGACGGGAAAUGAUGCUGAUAGAGCAGGGCUGGGCCUCAGCUGGGGCUGGGAAACCUUUGCAAGCAGGGCUGAGAGGGGCACCCACUAAUGCCCAGCAUCUAGGGAAAUGCUCUUUUCAACUCUGACAGCAGCCAUGAAUUUUAGGUGUGCUUUGCUGAUGUGACUCAAGCCUGCUGCCAGCUGCUGGGGGUUUGGCAGCCAAAGAGCCUUCUAAAGCUCAGGACAAGUUUGCAAAUGUCCCUGUGAGGUGGGCAUUGAGGAAAUGCCCCUGCCCCAAGCCCUCCGCCCUGACCUGGCUCUGCCCUGGGAUUUUCUCAGUGUCUAGCCCAGUCCUUGGGCAGCAGGAAGGUUUUUGGGGUGGCAACAUGAGGCCAAGGGGGUUCAGUAGGGCAGGAAAGCAGCUCCAGGCGGAGGCAGGUGCUGGUUUUCCAGCCUCUAACUCAUCCUCAUCAUUGCAGAGCCACCCCUUCCCCCUGCUUUUCUCUGCUCUGCUCCUCCCUUGGCAGCAUCACUCAGCCCCACAGCUCUGUCGUCUGUAUUCAAACCAGGGCUCGUCUUUCACGGGUGUUUUGAGGGUAAAGUGUGGUGGGGAAAACCCCUGAGGAGCUGUCAGCGAGCACCUUUUUAGCUCUUUUUUACCAAAAGGGGUAAUUUGCAAUGCUGGUGUGUUUUUCCUGUGCUGGUCCCAGCCCUGUCAGCCUCAUCCUCGCAGGCACAUCACAAGGGCUCAGCCUGAAGGCACCAAAGACAAAAUCCCCAUCAGUGGCUCUGCUGAGCUGGGAUCAGCAAGACUUUUCUGGGCUAAAAUUAGGCUAAAACCACAGUCCUUCCUCCAUCAACACCAUUCCUUGAGUGGUGCAUUAGUGAAACAGGGGGUGCUGGUUUUGCUGCCUUGGUUUGGGGCCAGCCUUGCUGCCAGCGGUCAUUGCCUGGCAGGUGCUUCCACCCGUGGGUUUGGGGUAGAAUCCAUCCCAUCACCUUCCAGCUGUUCAGAGCCCCAAACCCUCCAGCUGCUAUCCCAGUGUUCCAGACCUGCAUCUCCCAUCCAGUUCCCUGUGCCUCAGUCUCUGGGAAGGGCUGAUCUGAGCCUGGAGGGAGCUUUGAGCACACCCCAGCUCCUGCAGGGCUGCUGGGGUUGGUGAUGAAACCAGCCCCGCUCCUGAUGACAUUUCCUUUCCAGGUGCUGCAAGAGCUCUGUCUUUGACACCUCUGCAGGGAACCUCGACCCACGGCCCUCAAGCUGAGGAUUAAACAGAGGGAGAAGGGGAAGGAGCCAUGUUCCAGGCCACGGGAGCAGCCAGCCCAGCCCCAGCCCAUGAGGCCAAAAGCAGCUCAGGAGGCAGCACAGUGCAGCGCUCCAAGUCCUUCAGCCUGAAGGCGCAGGUGAAGGAGAUGUGCACUGCCUGCCAGAAAACCGUGUACCCCAUGGAGCGCCUGGUGGCCGACAAAUUCGUCUUCCACAACUCCUGCUUCUGCUGCAAGCACUGCCACGCCAAGCUCAGCCUGGGCAGCUACGCCGCGCUCCACGGGGAGUUCUACUGCAAGCCCCACUUCCAGCAGCUCUUCAAGAGUAAAGGCAACUACGACGAAGGCUUCGGGCGCCGGCAGCACAAGGAGCUGUGGGUGCACAAGGAGGUGGAGAGCGGCCCCAAGUCGGCGUGAGCGGGGCCAGCCCCGCCCCGGAGCCCCGCAGAGCCGGGGCAGCUGAGCCGGGAGAACUGAGCUGAUGUAGAGCAGGACCUGGGCCCGGGCAGAGGGGGAGCCCCUCUCUGGGGGUGCUCAGAGGCUGUAAGGACAGGGGUGAGCAGGGUGCAGCCCCCAGACCUGGAGCUCUGUCUCUGCAGGCCCCUCUGCCCAGUGAGAUCAGAGCAGGAGCAAUGCCCCCCAUGGGCCCCCCAGCCCUGCUGAUCCAUGUCAGCCCUGUCACCAUGGAAAAGGGCUGAGCUGGGGGCUUCUCCAGCUUGAGCCACUGCAGAGCUCCCAGCCACACCAGCCCUGCCCUGCUGGGGCUCUGCAUGAGGAGGGUCCCUGGUUUACAUCAGCUCAGUUCAGCUGGGAUGGUUCAGCCUUAAGGUUUCACAGUGUCUGUUUUUUAUAUUUGCCUUCCACUGGUACGUUCUGCGCUGGAGCCUCGUGGCAGCUUCGCCCGCGCGCCUUUAUUUUUGUAAUACAAGGUUUCCCAGCCUUC